AACUUGACGUGCAAGUAGUAUAAAAAUUCACAGUGAGAUUACGCUCAACGUAACUCUAUAGUUGUUAUUGCUUGUGACAUCCGUUUAUUAAAUCGAAUGCUAAACACGGUUACAUUUCGGACUAGGUUACGUAGAGAACGAUGAGCGCUGUUGCUGUUGGCACCGAUGGCAACAGAACGCCUACGAGAUGUCCUUCCUUGACGCUAACGCAUGUCGAGGGGGACUAGCAGAUGUCAUCGUCGAGAUCUUACUCCAUUGGCCUCCUCUAUGAGAUGCUAUCAGGAAUUUUAUCUAAAAAUAAUCUACGACGGCGAUGCUAGUCAACUUGCUUGCAGCGAACGGUGAUGCACGGUCUUUGCAAUCAUCUUAUCACGAACCCACACUGGAUACGGAGAGUUAGCGAGCGAGGCAGAGACAGAUAACGCCAAGAGUCUCAACGGGUGUCAACUGUGAUACUACUAAUACCAAUUUAUCCAAGCUAUAGGACACUGUUGCCUCUGUAUUGUAGUCAAUGCUUGUGGAAGUUGUGGGUUCGACCAAUUUUUUAAUUCCCCCGAAGACAACGAAAUUGCAAACAUGAGGAUUUAUCGAUCAGGUGCUCUUGUAAGCCGGACCCUCAUUAAGAGGCAACAGAGCAGAAGUGCAAGUAUUAAAUCAAUGUUGGAAAAGCGUGAAGACUUCUGCUCGAGACAUGUAGGCCCACGAGUGAAGGACCAAAAUGAUAUGCUCGACUAUCUUGGACUCAAGACUAUCGACGAGUUGAUCUCGAAAACAGUCCCACGGAACAUCCGUCUUGGUCGCGACCUUCGACUGGAAGCUCCGCUCACUGAGCACGAACUGAUUGCACGAGCGACGGAGAUCGCUAAGAAGAAUUCAAUUUGGAGAUCGUACAUUGGCAUGGGUUAUUCCAACUGUAUUGUUCCGCACACAAUCAUGAGAAAUAUCUUCGAAAAUCCGGGAUGGACCACACAGUAUACGCCGUACCAGGCCGAAAUUGCGCAAGGCCGUUUAGAAUCGUUGCUCAACUUCCAAACAAUGGUUAAAGACCUAACUGCAAUGGACAUCGCAAACGCAUCCCUCCUCGACGAGGGCACUGCGGCAGCAGAAGCUAUGAGCCUCGCGUUUCGAAGCCGAAAGAAGAGAAUAUUUUAUGUUUCGCAUAAAGUUCACCCACAGACUAUUGGGGUUGUAAAGACCCGUGCCAGUGCAUUGGGCAUUGACGUGGUUGUUACCGACCUAAACACCAUUGAUUUUUCGAAAAAGGAUAGCUGUGGAACACUAUUCCAAUAUCCAGACACGGAAGGAGCCGUUGAUGACUGUCGCGAUCUUAUUGAAAAGUGUCACAAUGGUGGGGCAUUGGCCGUGUGUGCAGCGGAUCUUCUCGCUCUGACGAUUCUGCGCCCACCAGGAGAAUUAGGAGUUGACAUUGCUGUCGGAACAAGUCAACGCUUCGGUGUCCCCCUUAACUAUGGAGGGCCUCAUGCUGGCUAUUUCGCUACCAAGACUAACUUCACGAGACUGAUGCCCGGCAGAGUCGUCGGAGUUACAAAGGAUGCAGCGGGCAAUGCUGCUUACCGUUUGGCCCUACAGACACGGGAACAGCACAUUCGCCGUGAUAAAGCUACCUCGAAUAUCUGCACAGCACAAGCACUCCUCGCCAAUAUGUCGGCCAUGUACGCCGUCUACCAUGGACCACACGGGCUCAAGGACAUCGCUAGCAGAAUUCAUUUGUUAACCGUCGUUCUGGCAGCUGGAAUACGAAAGGCAGGACACACGAUCAGGCAUGAACGUUUCUUCGACACGAUCAAAAUUGGACCCAGCUGCGAGUCGAGUGAGAUUCGAAAGAGAGCUGAGAAGCUGCUGAUCAAUCUGAGGUAUUUUGAUGACGGGGAUGUUGGCAUCUCUAUUGAUGAAACUACAAAAACGAACGACAUUCAGGACCUUCUUGACAUUUUUACGUGUUCCACUACUGUUGAUGAACUUGCUGCCGAACUCGAGGGAAAAACUGAUCCCAUUGCUACUACCUACAGGAGAGAAAGCACCUACCUUACGCAUCCUGUAUUUAAUCGCCAUCACUCGGAGACCCAAAUUGUUCGGUAUAUGAAACAACUGGAGAAUAAAGAUAUUUCCCUGGUACAUUCGAUGAUACCGCUCGGAUCGUGCACCAUGAAACUCAACUCCACUACCGAAAUGAUGCCAUGCUCGAUGCCUGAGAUCGCUCAUAUACACCCAUUUGUGCCAUUAGAGCAAGCAGCAGGUUACUUGGAAAUGUUUGAACAGUUAGAAAAGGACCUGUGCGAAAUCACGGGUUACGACAGGAUAUCAUUCCAGCCGAACUCAGGAGCGCAAGGGGAAUACGCUGGAUUAAUGGCUAUCGCAGAAUACUUCAAAUCGAAAGGGGAACAUCAACGGAACGUUUGUCUGAUCCCAGUAUCGGCGCAUGGCACGAACCCUGCUUCAGCUCAAAUGGCGGGCCUCGUUAUAGAUCCAAUUAAAGUCACUUCUCAAGGAAAUAUUGACGUAGACCACCUAAAGCAGAAGAUCAAGCAGCAUGACCAGAAGGUGGCAUGCAUCAUGAUUACUUACCCAUCCACUUAUGGAAUCUUCGAAGACACUGUCGGGACGGUAUGCGAACUUGUGCAUUCAGUCGGUGGCCAGGUUUACCUUGAUGGAGCCAAUAUGAACGCCCAGGUGGGGCUUUGUAGACCAGGAGAUUACGGCUCAGACGUUAGUCACUUGAAUCUACAUAAAACCUUCUGCAUUCCGCACGGCGGCGGCGGACCCGGGAUGGGACCCAUUGGAGUCAAAGCCCAUUUAGCACCAUUCCUCCCCUCGCAUCCAGUUAUCGCGCCUGGAGACAUUGCAAAAUCGUUUGGCGUCGUCAGCGCUGCCCCGUGGGGCUCGUCGGCCAUCCUGCCCAUCUCAUGGGCCUAUAUUAAAAUGAUGGGACCUCACGGUUUAAAGCGGGCAACCCAGUUUGCUAUCCUCAACGCUAAUUACAUGCGACGCCGGAUUGAGAAACACUACAAAGUGCUGUUUUCCGGCAAGAACGGCUUUGCAGCACACGAAUUUAUCAUUGACUGCCGCGACUUUAAGAAGACAACUCAGAUUGAAGCUAUGGAUAUCGCUAAGCGACUUCAGGACUACGGUUUUCAUGCUCCCACCGUAUCGUUCCCAGUGAGUGGUUGUCUAAUGGUUGAACCAACUGAGUCCGAGGAUAAAGCCGAGCUGGAUCGCUUCUGUGAUGCCAUGAUCUUCAUUCGCGAAGAAAUCGAAAACGUGGAAACUGGAAAGUGGGCUAAAGACGACAAUCCCAUCAAGAACGCCCCUCAUACGAUUGGCCAGGUCAUCAACACUAAAUGGAACCAUGCCUAUAGCCGAGAGCAGGCCGCAUUUCCCGCGAGUUUUAUAACACCUGCUACGAAAAUGUGGCCGACCGUCGCGCGUAUCGAUGACACCUACGGCGAUACGAACCUUAUUUGUAGUUGCCCUCCGUUGGAAACGUACACCAGCACAACAGAAUAGAGUACUGCCCGACAGAAUGGCAAAGUUAAUGAAACGAUUACAUUAGGAAAUUUCAUAUAGAAACAUUGGUUUUAGCUGGUAGGUUUUCUUGGCUAAUCCCUACGCAGGAUUUAGUAACUGUCCCGUCACCUCUUUUCUUCUCUCUACGCUGGUAAGCUCUUCUAAUUGACGACGACGACUAGUCUGUUGAAUACAUUGUUGAUAUAAUAUAAAAGUUGUAGACUGUUUUUCACAGACUAUCAGGCUUGUAUGCAGGCCAAAGGCAUAUUAUUUAACUCCCGAACGAGGUUUCAGGUAUAUGUUUCAAUCCAAAAAGACCAUAUGGGCUAAUUCGAAGAAUAGGGUUAAAUUUUAAAAAUCGUUUUAGUCCACAGUACCAGUGAGCGUUGUGAUCAGCCAGCAUAGCUGCUUUAUUUCACUGCAGCGUAUCAUCUAUGGAGGUGUAAGGUACGCUGUACUAUUACUUAUCGUCAAAAUGUUUCUUUUUAGACGCAUUGAAUAGGCCAUUUAAACACGUAUUGUAUACCUACAAAUUAGUCCAUGAACAUAAAUUAGUUAGAACAAACUGAUCGUCAAUUUAUAGUGUGAGGACAAAGAAUGUAAACAUUAAAAUGUAAAUACUACCUAUCUAAAAGCUCUGUGAAUAAAUAAAUUGUUUCAUGUAACAUGUUCAGAUAAUAA